UGAGUUAACUAAUUCCUUCGCUCAGAAAAAGUGUGAGAAUCACAUACAAGGCAAAGGAUCAAGAAGAAGAAGAAGGUGAAAGAGAAAGAGAUGGAGGCUAGUGUUCCAGUGGUGGAUUUUCAGAAACUUUCAGAGGGAGAGGAGUGGAAGAAGCUAAAAGAAGCAUGUGAGAAAUGUGGUAUUUUCAGGGUGAUCAACCACCCUAUUUCAGAAACUCUGAUGAAAGAGAUGAAAUCAGCGGUGAAAUUCUGGCAUGAUCUUCCUUUAGAGAUAAAAAUGCGCAACAAAUCCAUAAUUCCUGACAGUGGUUAUAUUCCACCCUUUCCUUCAAGUCCUCUAUAUGAGGCCAUGGUAUAUGACUUCCAUAAAUCACCACAGGCACUUGAUGAUUUCUUCUCCCAGUUGGAUUUACCACCCUAUUACAGGAAAAUAGUGAAGACAUAUGGCCAAGCAAUUCAUGACUUGGCAUCAACUAUAGCACAAAAGAUGGCCAAGUGUUUGGGUAUAGUGGAUGUUGAUUUCAAGGACUGGCCAUUCCUUUUAAGAACUAUUAAAUACAAUUUCAGCCCUGAAAAUAUAGGUGAAAUGGGAAUACUGUUGCACUCAGAUACAGGAUUUAUCACUCUACUUCAAGAUGAUGAAACUGUUACUGGUCUUGAGCUGUUGGAUGAUUCUGGCAUAUUAAAAGUAGUGACUCCCAAAUCAGGCUCCUUCCUCUGCAUUGUCGGAGAUGUUGGACAUGUUUGGAGCAAUGAAAAAUUUUGGAAUGCUAGGCAUCGUGUAAUCUGCAAGGAAACAUGUACUCGUUAUUCGUUUGGUGUUUUUAUGUUAGCAGCAAGGGAUGGUAUUGUUGAGGCCCAUCCAAAGUUGGCGGAACUUGACAAUGGUCCACGUUAUCAACCAUUUAAGUAUGAAGAUUUAAGGGAGUUCAGAAUCGUUACAGGAAAGAGAAAUGCUGAAGUUCUUGAUCAAUAUCGCAUUGCUUAAUUAGUGGUUUGUGGGAAUGCAAACACACCAACAACACUAUAUACGAUGUUGUUUCGAUGAGUUUUGCAAUUGUUAGGAUGGAUAUUCGCAAAAGUUUGCACAAGUCUUAAAAUGUUGUCAUUCUUAGUAGAUUCUGUCAUUGUGGUUGUGUUACUUUCACUUGAGUUGCGUUACUAUUGAACUUGUUAAAACUGAGAAAAGAAUAUAUAUAUAUAUAUAUAGUCAUACCAUGAAAUAGAGUUCUGAACGUAAA